UUAAUCAUUUGCCAAGUGUCUGAGUUUCUAUAUUUCUAUAAUAUAAUUUAACCACAAAUGAAAAAAUUCGAAAUUUAUCGUAUAAUUUUAAUUAUUAACCGUAACCAGUAAGCCCAAGAGCCAUAAAGGGUCAAAAUGGUUAUACAACAGGAACAACCGACGAUGCACUUCAGUCCGAAGGUGGACUAUAUCCUAAUUCUGGACAAGUUGCGCGAGGAGUUCAACAAGAAGUACUCGAUCAACACGCCCUCGCCCUCCAACGGACUGGAUGACUACGAAAUUAAGGCCACUCUAGGAGCUGGCUCCUUCGGCAAGGUGCAGCUGGUGAAGGAGAGGGAGUCUGGAGUCUACUAUGCCUCCAAACAGCUAAGCAAGGAUCAGAUCGUAAAGACCAAGCAGGUGGGCCAUGUGAUGAGCGAGAAGAAUGUGCUGCGCUCAAUGAUGUUUCCCAAUACAGUGAACCUAAUUACCUCCCACAAGGACUACGACAGUUUGUACCUUGUUCUUCCGCUGAUUGGAGGUGGCGAGCUCUUCACCUACCAUCGAAAAGUGCGCAAGUUUACUGAGAAACAGGCUCGAUUCUACGCUGCCCAAGUAUUCUUGGCUUUGGAAUACCUGCAUCAUUGCAGCUUGCUCUACCGAGAUCUCAAGCCAGAGAACAUAAUGCUGGAUAAGAACGGUUACCUUAAAGUAACCGACUUUGGAUUUGCCAAGAAGGUGGAAACCCGUACGAUGACUCUCUGCGGAACUCCAGAGUAUUUGCCGCCGGAGAUUAUUCAGUCUAAGCCCUAUGGAACCAGCGUAGACUGGUGGGCCUUCGGUGUGCUGGUCUACGAGUUUGUGGCCGGACACUCGCCCUUUUCCGCCCACAAUCGGGAUGUGAUGAGCAUGUACAACAAGAUCUGCGAGGCCGACUACAAAAUGCCCAGCUACUUCAGCGGAGCAUUGCGUCAUCUAAUAGAUCAUCUACUCCAAGUAGAUCUCUCUAAGCGCUUCGGCAACCUUAUCAACGGCAAUCGGGACAUCAAGGAGCACGAGUGGUUCAAGGAGGUGGAAUGGAUACCGAUCCUCAACCAGACAGUAAAUGCGCCUUAUGUGCCCAACAUCAGCAAUCCAGAGGACAUAUCCAACUUUGACAAGGUUUCCGAGAAGCCGCGUCCAAAGGCCAAGACUAUGCGUCAUGAGGAGGCCUUUGCGGAUUUCUAGCUGUGACCUGUGACCCGUGUUUUAGCAACUUUGUUUUAGUGAUCGACCCAGUGACUGUGUUGUCUUUGUUUUUGCAUUAUAAAGCGAAACACUUGAUUCGGCUCGACUAGA